UCGAAGGUGCUUCCUGUAGUGGGCCGUCCUAUCCUAAUUGGAGCGCGGUGUGCACAAGGAGAAGCGGGAAGCGCCUCGACAACUCGGACCUGAGCAGGACAUGGCUGAACAGGAUGUAGAGAAUGAGUUGCUGGACUAUGAGGAGGAUGAAGAGCCUCAGGCAGUGACUGAUGCUGCCCCUGUCCCCAAUAAAAAAGAUGUGAAGGGCUCCUAUGUCUCCAUUCACAGUUCUGGCUUCCGAGACUUCCUGCUGAAGCCAGAGCUGCUUCGUGCCAUUGUGGACUGCGGCUUUGAGCACCCGUCAGAAGUGCAGCAUGAGUGCAUUCCACAGGCAAUCCUGGGCAUGGAUGUCCUAUGCCAAGCCAAAUCAGGCAUGGGCAAGACUGCUGUCUUUGUAUUGGCUACACUGCAGCAGAUUGAGCCACUGGAUGGGCAGGUGUCUGUGCUGGUGAUGUGUCACACUCGGGAGCUGGCCUUCCAGAUCAGCAAAGAAUAUGAGCGCUUCUCAAAGUAUAUGUCCACUGUCAAGGUGUCAGUCUUCUUUGGGGGGCUUUCCAUCAAAAAGGAUGAAGAGGUGCUGAAGAAAAACUGCCCCCAUAUUGUGGUGGGGACCCCGGGCCGCAUUUUAGCACUGGUGCGCAACAAGACCCUCAACUUGCGCAACGUCAAGCAUUUUGUUUUGGAUGAGUGUGACAAGAUGCUGGAGCAGUUGGAUAUGCGUCGUGAUGUGCAGGAGAUCUUUCGACUGACACCCCAUGAGAAGCAAUGCAUGAUGUUUAGUGCCACCCUAAGCAAGGAGAUCCGGCCUGUCUGCAGAAAGUUCAUGCAGGAUCCCAUGGAGGUCUUUGUGGAUGAUGAGACCAAGCUGACUCUGCAUGGCCUGCAGCAAUACUACGUGAAGUUGAAGGACACUGAGAAAAACCGCAAGCUCUUUGACCUUCUGGAUGUGCUGGAGUUCAACCAGGUUGUGAUAUUUGUGAAGUCAGUGCAGCGCUGCAUGGCAUUAGCUCAGCUCUUGGUUGAGCAGAACUUCCCAGCCAUUGCUAUUCACAGAGGCAUGUCUCAGGAGGAGAGACUGUCUAGGUACCAGCAGUUCAAGGACUUCCAGCGUCGGAUUCUGGUAGCCACUAAUCUGUUUGGCCGUGGGAUGGACAUAGAGCGGGUCAACAUAGUCUUCAACUAUGACAUGCCUGAGGAUUCGGAUACCUACCUGCACAGAGUGGCCCGAGCUGGGCGCUUUGGCACAAAAGGCUUGGCUAUUACUUUUGUGUCAGAUGAAGGUGAUGCCAAAAUCCUCAAUGAAGUUCAGGAUCGUUUUGAGGUCAACGUCGCUGAGCUCCCUGAAGAGAUAGACAUCUCCACAUAUAUUGAGCAGAGUCGGUAGCUCUGUUUGUGGAUCCUUCCCACCUGGUCCAGAAUGGAACCUGAGGCCAAGCACACAGUACCUCUAUCUUCUGGUGAAGUGAGAUUAAUGCUUUUUUUUUAAACACACUGUUAAACCUAUAGAGGUGUUUGAUGUUAAACGAAUGUCCUACAAAUUGCCCAGGUGGUAUUUUGCCUCUGCUGUAGCCUGGGAGCUUUUUUAAAUUAGACUUUUAUAUUUUUUGAAUAGUAAACACCUGUGGCUAAGU